CGUGGUUUAGGGAGCUAGGAUGGCUUGUAAGGAGGCUCGCGAUGUUGCAAUAUGGAUGACGGUUCUAGAAGAUUGCGGUGACCGAAACGCUAACGAGCGGAUUCUAGCUGAAAUAUAAAUACGAGAGAGAGGGAGACAUCAAAUCUCGAUCUAGCUACGAUCAUCUUCAGCAGCUACGAGUUUACCUUCAAAAAAACAUAUCUAGCCCAUACCUAGUCUCGCCUCUUCAACUCCAGAUCACUUAGGUACUUACCUCCUACCUAAGGUUAGGCAGUUAGUCGCAUCGAAUCCUUCCAGCCCACCAUGCGCAAGAAUAUUCUCCUUCUCUUUACCCUCGCCCUCCGGGCAGCGGCCUUGAACGAAACGAUCUCGGGCUACAAGUACUUCUUAUCCGGACCUAAACUAGGCCAGACCAAGACCGAGUACGAGCAUGCUGCGGCGGAGAAGGCGCUGUCCCUAGUCGAGGCGCGUCUGGGCGACAAGCCCCGCCCCGUUCUCCCCGAGGACAGCGUCGAAGCCAUCCUGAAGCUCAAGCAGGACAUCGGCACCGAGCAGCUCAAGGUGCUCCUAGCUCCCGACCAGGACGACGCCGACAAGUUCUGGCACGAUGUGAUCGACAGGUCGGGCGACGGGUGGGUGCCCGCCGACGCGCGGGGCGUCGUGUUUCUGCCCAACGUGACGUUCGCGCGGUUCGUAGCGUGGUACUCGUCGCCGUACGCGGACGCGGCGAACCUGGCGGCGAACCCGGAGCACUACGACAAGGAGACGGCGGCGACGUCGACGGGCCUCUCGUCCAGGAUCCUGGAAGGGUGGGGCGGCGUGACGACCAACUUCACGAUCCCGAACUUCGGCGCGCCGGACCUCGCGAAGAACGCCUUCCUGCGCCCGCUGCCCGAGUUCCCCGUCCAGCAGGCCGGCGACAAGGUGCUCCGCGACGGGACGCGGUUCGGCGUCCUGCACAUCUCCCUCCGCCCCGUGAAAGGCGCCGACUACAGCCAGCCCAUCGACGGCUUCGAGAUCUUCUCGAGCGUCUGGUACCAGGACGGCGCUGAGGACGACCACUUGGAGCAGGAGCGCCGGCACAUGGUCAUCGAGAUCGUCAACUUGACCCUCCAGGCUCAGAAGGACAUUGAAAGCGGCAAGUUCACUCCGACAGUGAGUCGGUAAAUUGAAGGGACAAGCUUUUGAGCGAAUGUAUAACUGGCUCGUUGAUGUAUAUAUUUACCUAAUGUAUUUGCUUUAUCUCUUGCCAUUUCAAGGAAGACUAAAAAGUUGAUAAGUACCAAAAAGGAGGCUUUAAAAAAGACAUGUUAAGCUCAAUACUAACUAACUAGUACCAAAAUAAACAAAAAGUUCCAAAAUACCUAUUAUAAACUUCGAUAUAAUCUCGUGAUGGUGACUGGAGUUUAGAGAAUUGCCUUAUGUUUUAAGACAUGCCUCUUACCUGGUAGGUUAGGUACUGGGACUAUUUUAUUCGUGCAUGUGCGCGAUCCGAUAUAUUCUGGAGUGGUUUAAUUAUCGUGCUGGAGCGCC